AUGCCUAGUGAGCGUGGCCCUCAGCGAAAAACUAAAGCUAAAGUCCCCAAACCGCCACGCGGUUCUGGCCUCAAUCCAUCCGGCGAACCAGCAAGUGGCCAACUUCACAUUCCUACUGAGCAGCCGCGUAUGUCUCAGUUCAACUUCGAUGCGCAUGCGGCCAGUGGAGGAGUUCCUACCCCCAUAUCAAGUGGGAGCACAUCAUCAUAUGGCUGGAGUAUGCAGAACACUGACUUCGACGGCCGCUUCCCUCACGGCCAAUACUACGGCGCUUCGUCCUCGGAGGGCCCCUCCCAGGGCUCUUCUUACGGACCCUUACCUCAAGGCUCCAACCACGACUUCCCUUCAAGUACCCCCCUUCAAGGUACCGGUACCAGCACGAGCGCGUCGGAGAUGACGCUGAUCCAGCGAGGUGAGAUUCCGCCAACCGAUGUGAUGCAUACGAUGGGCCCGCCAAGGGAAACAACGAGGCGAGCCCGACGUGCGAUGCCACCUACGCCACGGAUGGUUCCGUACCCUGCCAUACGCCCGCAGGGCAACACCCAAUCUCUACCAUCAGCAGUCGAAGAUUCAACUUCGCAAUCUGUAACGUCGUCAACACCUCAACCCACGCGCAUCAAACUAUCGGAUGAUAUCAUUGGCCAGUCCAUGAAAACGGCAACGCAUUUGGUCACGUGCGAGUUAUUUGGAGAACAGGCGAUGGCGAUUGACAAAGCCGCCAAGAAAAUCAUGCUGAACAAGGUCAUCUGGGACUCGGUACCACGCUGCUUUGCGCCCAAUGCAACGUUUGAGGAUUUUAUCUCAAAUAAACAUCGUAAGGAUGUUGCGAAUGCGUUGUCGUCAACUCGCGGCAAAUUCGCUGAAUACGCGCGCAAGGGCGUGUUCCAUGCAUAUCGGCUUUUCCCUCCACUGCACAUUGCCGCACCCGCUAUCACCUAUCGCAAACGCUUGAUCGUUUUGUUCGAGGAUGCGAUGGACGAAAGAAUGACAGAAAGAAUUCUAUAA